UCCCCCUGUCACUUCCCCUUCCCCUCCAAGGUCCCCUCCCUUCAAAAUCCAUUUCCAUUGAUAAUAUUGCUGUUUUUAAUAGAACAAAUUUAUGUAAGAUUGUUCCAUUCUAUUCAGAACUAUGUCCGGUAUGGAGACAGAGAGUGACAAUGAAACUUCUAUUCAAGGUGUCAAAGACACUAAUCGUUCGAACUUCUCAUCAGAAUUUUCAACCAAAAGAGAUGAUGAGGACAUAAGAGUUUAUGCUGCAAUUUCAUUUGCCUUUUUAUUAAUCAUUGUUGGAAUACCACUAUGGUGGAAAACCACAGAAGUCUACAGGGUACAUGUACCUUAUGGCCGCAUUGAUGACCUAAAAGAAGUUGAAUUUAUGUUUCCAAUAUCUGUUACUGUUGUAAGUAAAGAUAUUAACCGUGCUAAUUUCAUAGUGGAAGGUUUGAGAAACAGUACUUCAAGUGCGGGCAUAAUAAAUGUUAGCUAUAAGACUGAUGGGAACGUGGAUUUAAACAAGGUUUUAACUUCACCUAGUUUACAAGAAUUGGAUUCUAUUGACAUUUUCCCUAACCCUGCAAGUCACAUCUAUCUUCUAGAAGUUCCAGGAAUGUUGAGGUUCACAGUAAAAGAUGUGGUUGUGGGUAGGAAAAGGGUCAUAUAUUUCAGUGAAAAAGCCAGUACUGAGACAUUAUCAGCUGUUCUCAAUCAAUGGAUCAUUAGGUCAGAAGCGUUAUUUCAAACAAAGGCCAUAAUUGAAGCACCUAAUGAGUGGUCUCGUGACAAAACUGGGAGGAGGAGAAUGCCGCCAGCUGCACAAUACGACCUCAUGUUUUCUAUGGUUCACCCUGAACCCGAAAAAAGGGAUGUCAAGUGGAAUGUCAGAAAAGCAAUUUCAGAUCACCUUGGAAGUCUUUUGACAUACCUUUCACCUGUUAUUACAUUUCACAUAAAAUCUCAAUGGUUGUACUCUGUGCGUCUGGAGGGCCAUCCUCGACAAGUUCAAGAGGAAUCACAUACUUGGUAUUCUCUACCUGAGGACGUUUUGCCACAUAUUAUUACUCCUUUGGAGAAGAAAUUAGGCUCCGGGGUCAGUGAGCACCCAACUAUUCAACUUGUCCUCUAUAUCCCACCUUGCCAAAUAUCUCCUCUUUACAUCACCUCAUCCCGACCAAAUGUGUUACCAAGCACUGCCUUCUUAUCGCCUCGGUGGGGUGGAGUUCAAAUUUUUAAUCCACCCCAGACUCUGUGUGGUAAUGUGGAUGAAGAAUCAUCCUGGCUGGAUUCUAAAACCAUCAUGAACACAUUUAAAAUGCAACUAAAACUUUUAAUUGGUAUCCCUGAACUUGAGAAAAUUAAGGGUGUUGAGCAACUUCCACUCCCAGCUAGUGGUAUACGUGAUUGGGAACUUGAUUCUCUCAUGAGAAUCAGAGCGACUGAGCACUUGAUAUCUGCAAGGAUUACACUGAAGUCUCUUGCACAACUCCUUGAUGAAAUUAGUAACAUUGUCAUAAAUGAUGAGGUUGGAGACAGGAUUUGGGAAGCUAUUUUAAAAUCGCAUGAAUCUGUUGACCAAAUAUUACAACAUAAUCUGAUUGAUGGUUAUAAUUUGUCAAAACAAGCCUUUUUAGCUGCAGAAACUGCUUUCAGUGAUCCAUCACUUUUAGCUUUAUUAUAUUUUCCUGAGGACCAAAAGUAUGCUGUUUACAUUCCACUCUUUCUUCCAGUCAUGAUCCCAGUGCUUAUGUCAUUGAAAAGUAUUAGAAGUUGGUGGGUCACUGGAGCUGUUCAACCCGAAGAAAAGGAAAAAUCAGAGUGAAAAUACCCAGGCUAUUGGAAGGUUGUGACUGAUACAAAAUAAUGUUUACAAGUGAAUUUUUUUAAAAAUGUAUGUAUGAAACUAGUCCAUUGUCAACAAUUUCUUUUAAAAAAAUACACACACAAAGAAAAUUA